CAAAGUACGCCUUCAGCUCCCCGAGCCGGAACACAGACAUCCUCACUUGGCGGGAAUCGAACCGGCGACCUCCGUACGCCUUCAGCUCCCCGAGCCGGAACACAAACAUCCUCACUUGGCGGGAAUCGAACCGGCGACCUCCGGUUAUUAGCGUGA